AUGUCUGAUCCAGCUCAUCCCAAGAUUACGCGCACCGUGCACCCAGGCCUACCCGGCUUGGGCCUACCACUCACUUUUCGUCCCCAGAACAAGGUCAUUGAGAAGAAGUUGAAGAAAAAGAAGGCAGAGAAGGUCUGGCAGGUCGAGCAGAAUGUCAAAACGAUCGAUGAUUCUACCGCCUGCGCAUCUGUCUCUUUACUUCCUUCGCUUCUUGACAUGCCAUUAAACUGGACACUCCUGCCACCGCUCAUGCUGCGCGAGAUCACGAUGAUCCGAGCGAUGAACGAAUUCACGGACAGCCCAGAUUGGAGCAUCAAGGGGGAGAUCACGAGCACAGCCUUCACCGAGAAGAUGUUCGAUUACUGCGUCAAAGAACUGCGAUACCACACAGCACGAUUCUGGAGGACCGGCAUGAUAUUCGGUGCCAUGGGGAUCGUCAAGUCCGAUACGGCCGUGCCCGGUCACGUCAAAACGGCAUUGAUCAGAGCAUCCCGUGUCCUUGAAGAUGAUGCUAGUGUGAAACAUUCGCUUCCUAAGUCGUGUGAUGACAAGGUUGUGAACCUUGUUGACCCGUCGCUCUUCCCGCUUAUCUUCGGUCGGACUCGAGCGGUACGCGAGGAUGAGCUUUGCCGAGAUCAUUGUCUGUCUGAUAUGGGCAAAGGCGAGAUCGUCUCUAUUCCGUCAAUUCCAGAAAUGGAAGACUUCGUGAAGAAGUUAAGUUUGACAAAAAGUCGCUUUGUCGACAGUUACAACACGAAGAUGCAGUGGAUUCCGUGCGACGUCUUGGUGUCGCCCCAUGGGUGUUCGAUUCACAGCUACAUCAACAACGUGCACCCUGAACACCAUGAAGAUCUGUACCGAGUCGUGGAAGACAUCAUGGACAUUGCAGUUCCUGUCUGGGGGCACAGCCUCGGCCUCAGUCAUCAAUUGACCGACCUGCAUGACCAUGGCUACUAUCUCGAGACUCGCAUUGAUUGGAAAAACAGCAUUAACCAAUCGCAACUGCCGAACCAACAGAAGCCCCGAAAGCAAAAGGGCGAGAGUAACGACCACUUCAGGCUUCGUCUUCGGAUGUGGGAGUCCGGAGAACGUGAACCCGGAAUGCCCGACGCUCCAAACUUUAACGAGAACGAUCAUCCAGUAUUUCCACCAUCUCAUCUUCAGUGCGAGUUUUCCAAGCUCCAGGUUUUUGUUAAGCUUGUCAACAUCAAUUUGAGUCCCGAGAACCCAACCUAUGAUGGAGAGAAAUGGCAUGUGGACGGACAACCAGUAAGGGUCCCCUGGCUUUCACUGAUCACAUCAGAUCCCAUGCUGAUAUUGCACCAGAACGAGCACAUCUGCGCCACGGCUCUCUACUACUACGACAGCGACAACAUCACCGAGAGCCGACUGAGCUUCCGUCAGGGAUCAUGGUUCAGUAUGCAUUAUGAAGAACUGGAGGAUUUCUUCGAGUCUCUACCUGAGAUGUUUGGGUGCAAGAACGGUGAUCCACAAGUGCAGGAAAUCGGAGAGGUGCUAUGCCGCCCAGGAAGACUGGUUACUUUCCCCAGUGUGUAUCAGUACCGCGCGAAUGCAUUCCGUCUGUCGGAUCCCACGAAACCGGGCCACCUCAAGAUGCUGGCACUCUUCUUGGUCGACCCCAUGAUCCGCCUCAUUUCAACAUCCCAAGUCCCACCGCAGCGGGAGGAUUGGUGGCACGAACUGAUCGGAGCCCCCUCCGGCAAGGGGUUGAGCCGUUUGCCAAACGAAAUCAAGAGCCAGGUCAUCGAGGAGGUUGGCUAUCCCAUCACGAUGCGGGAGGCGCAAAAGCUACGGCAGGAACUGGCAGCCCAGCGAGAGGAGUAUGUCCAGAAGUCGACCAAGAACUUCGAGAAGUUCAGGCUUGCGCUGGGCACGACUUUCGAUGAAACUUCGUCGAUGGAAGCCGAUCAAGUGUGGGAUGAUGACGAUGAAGACGACGAAGAUGAUGAAGAUAAUGAAGACGAUGAAGACGAUGAUGAUGAAGACGAUGAUGAUGAAGACGAUGAUGAUGAAGACGAUGAUGAUGAAGACGAUGAUGAUGAAGACGAUGAUGAUGAAGACGAUGAUGAUGAAGACGAUGAUGAUGAAGACGAUGAUGAUGAGAGGAUGUCUGACUCGGGUGAAGACCAGGAGUGA